AUGGACGAAGCUCUUACGAGCCCUCGACGCCGUCGCUUCAGAAACUCCACCAUGAUCCUCAUGGGCGCCACCGCAGCCGUCUUCGCCAUCCUCCUCGUCGUCGCCCUCGCCUUCACAGACAAGCCAAACCGAGACCAAUCCAACGAUUCACCAAAUAACAGCGACUUCGGCACACCCGUCGCCUACCAGGUACACACCAUUAUGGUGGCGGCCAAUAACGAGGAGCUUCAAGGCCUUCCCAAGGUCAUGGAAGCCACUAUUUCAGUUUCCCGCUGCCCCUCCGUGGUUACCCAUCCCUCCGUGGCCCCGGUCAACACGGGAGACCAAUUCUCCUUUCAUGUCGCCCCAAAGAAUUUCGCACAACGCCAAACAUACGACCGACGUAGCGGCCGAGAACGCUCUGGGAACCUCGCAAGCAUGUGA